AUGGAUAUCUGGAAACCACUUUUGUUGAUCGGAGAGAGUUUAGUACAUAUCCUACAAAACGACUUAACGGCCCAAAUGGUGAACAGGGAUGUCAUGAAUGUGGACACAAUCGACGACUUAUUUGAUGAUAGGCUCGAGUUUUCAACGCCUAUUCGAGGCAUCGAUUAUCCAACACUGGGAUAAUUUAUUAGCUGACUAUUACUAUCAGGUUUAUCGAGAAAUUAUUGAUGGGAGUGGUAUUCUAGGG